AUGCUCCUGAUCGGCCUCACCGGCUCGAUCGCAACCGGCAAAUCUACCACCGCAACCCUCCUCACCUCCCCACCAUACUCCCUCCCCCUCAUCGACGCCGACAUUCUCGCCCGAAAAGCCGUCGAGCCAGGCACGUGGGGCUACCGCCGCAUAGUAUCUACCUUCGGCGCCUCAACACCAGAUCUUCUCCUGCCCGCGUCCGAUCCUCAAUGCCAAAAUCUCGAGAACGGCCCCACAGGCCAUGGCCGCCCACUAAACCGCCCAGCUCUAGGCCGGAGGGUAUUCGGCAACAGUGAGGAGAAGGCGCGCGACCGCAAGAAACUCAACAGCAUAGUCCACCCGGCCGUGCGCUUCUACAUGCUACGCGCCGUGCUCUACCACUACAUCCGCGGGUCUAGCGCAGUCGUGCUGGAUAUUCCCCUGCUAUUCGAGUCUGGGUUGGACAUCUUCUGCUCGACUGCGAUCGUGGUUGCGGUGUCGGACCCGAAGAUCCAGAUGCAGAGGCUACGGGAGCGUGAUCCGCAUCUCAGUGCGGAGGAUGCGGAGAAUCGGGUCAAGAGUCAGACGGAUGUGCGUGAGAAGGCGAAGCGGGCGGAGAUGAGGGGGGAGGGACGGGGGUUCGUGUUGUGGAACGAUGGCGGGAGAGGGGAUUUGGAGGUGCAGUUACGGGAGGUGAUGAAGGAGAUCCAGGGAAGGAGUCCGAGGUGGUGGGGCUGGUUGUUGUUGGUUUGUCCGCCGUUGAUGGGGACGGUGGUUGGGUGGGAAUUGUUGUUGACUUGGUGGAAGAGGAGGCAGGCGAUGAAAGAGAGGGGCCAGGAAUUGCCGAAGGCGAAAUUAUGA